AUGUCUGUAGCCAUCAGGAAGAAAAGCUGGGAAGAGCAUGUGAGCCAGUGGAUGGGGCUGGCUUUGGAGGCUGUGCAGUGUAACUCAGCAUGUCGCCAUGGGCUCGCAGCUGACAACUUGCAGACCAGCAUGGAACAGGAUGAAGUUUCCAGUGUGGACCACAAAGAGCAAAGUGCUUCCUUCCCAGAGUGCUGCUACAGCGGAGAGCUGAGGGACUGCCCUGCAAAGCAGCUGGGCAGUGCUUCAAAGGAGCUGGAUGAAAACGACAACCACGAGGAUAAGGAGCAGUUUCUGGAGGCCAGCACAGAAACCCUGGUCCACGUGUCUGAUGAUGACAAUGAUUAUUCAGCACUCAACCUGGAGGGUGUCACUUACCACCACACCACUGCUGCAGGAAAUGAGGAAGAUGAGGAAGAGAAUUUAAAUGGAUCAGCCUCCUCAUCACAGGUGCCACCAAUAACAGAGAGCAACAAGGCAGCUGAAGCAUCUGAACUAGUUGGAGGUAUAAGUGAGGAACCUGCCUGUGCCAUAGCUCCUAAAGAGGGGACAGAAGGUGAUGAUGUUUGUGGCAGUACUGGCCAAAGCCUGGAGCUUUGCAGCACUGAAGCUUUAAGGGAAGUGGUAGAUGCAGAGAAGGAAGACUGUCCCAAUUCUCCAAAUGGGAAGGAAAUGAUGGUGCCUGAGAAGCAGCUGCUCCAUGCUGCUGCUGUUGCACAACAGCACUGGAAACCUGAUGGUCCUAAAGAUGGGCCUGGAAAGUCUGAGUGCAGUGUGGCAGAGAGUGGAACUGCCUCUGAGUCAUGCACCAGCACUGACCCACAGCUGCCACCAGCACUGCAGUCCAGCAACUGCCUGAUGCAAUCUGCUCCUUGCUCUGGCACUCUGGCAGUGGAGAAUGGUCUGGAUGAAAGUGGUUUCACAGCCCCUCAAGUGGUCCCUGAAAGCAAAAGCCUUUCCAAUGUGGCUUCAGCAGAAGACAUUCAGCGCUUACAUGUGAGGAACCCUCCAGCCACAGCAGAGCAUGCAGGCAGCCAGGUGAAGCUGCGCAAGAGAAAGGAAGUGCCCGAAGAGCGGGACCAGUCGCGGCUGGAUUCCAUGGUGCUGUUAAUAAUGAAACUGGACCAGCUGGACCAGGACAUUGAAAAUGCUCUCAGUGCAGGCUCUUCCCCAUCCAGCACCCCCACCUACAAACGGAAGCAUGCACCUGAUGCUGAAUUUGGUUCUGAAAGUGGAGUUGAAGUCCCUUCAGCAGGUCCCUCACACACAAACUUGUCUGCUCCUGAUGCAGCACCUCCCUGCCCGGUAGCCAGCUCGGGAGCUAAACCAAAGGCUGGGGCCAUGCCAAUUAUUUCAGAGAAGGAGAAGGCUGAAAUUGAGGCCAAGGAAGCUUGUGACUGGCUGCGGGCUGCUGGCUUCCCUCAGUAUGCACAGCUCUAUGAAGACCUUCUCUUUCCAAUUGACAUCACCCUGGUCAAGCGGGAGCACGACUUUCUGGACAGAGAUGCCAUCGAGGCCUUGUGCAGGCGCUUGAAUACUUUGAACAAAUGUGCAGUGAUGAAGCUAGAAAUUAGUCCACACAGGAAAAGGAGUGAAGAUUCAGACGAAGAUGAACCUUGUGCGAUAAGUGGCAAAUGGACUUUUCAGAGGGACAGCAAGAGGUGGUCAAGGCUUGAGGAGUUUGAUGUGUUCCCUCCAAAGAAGGACCUGAGUGCCCCCUCCCCAGAGGCUCCUCAGCUCAGCAACGCGGUGAGCAGCGAGAGUGUGCUGACAGACCUCAGCGAGCGCCAGGAGGUGGCCUCCAUCCUGAGCCUCAGCAGCACCAGCAGCCACCAGCCCACCCUGCAGAGCGAGACGUCCACCACCAGGACAAACUCAGUGGUGAGCGUUUGCUCCUCGAGCAACUUGGCAGUCAAUGAUGACUCCUUCAGCAGCCUGCCCUCACCCAGGGAGCUGAACAGCUUCAGCUUCGGCAUGAAACCCAGCGAGAAGAACACCAAGUCCAAAACCAAGAGCCUGCUCAAGAGGAUGGAGAGCCUGAAAAUCAAGAGCUCUCACCACAGCAAGAGCAAAGCCCCUUCGAAGCUCGGCCUCAUCAUCAGCGGGCCCAUCCUGCAGGAGAGCAUGGACGAGGACAAACUGAAGCGGCUGAACUGCGUGGAGAUCUCCGCCCUGAACGGCAGCCACAUCAGCCUGCCCAUGGUGCGGAAGAGGAGCGUCUCCAACUCCACCCAGACUAGCAGCAGCAGCAGCCAGUCGGAGACCAGCAGCGCGGUCAGCACGCCCAGCCCCGUCACGCGCACCCGCAGCCUCAGCGCCUGCAACAAGAGGGUGGGCAUGUACCUGGAGGGCUUCGACCCCUUCAACCAGGCCACCUUCAGCGACGUGCUAGAGCAGAACUUCCGCAACCGCGGUGGCUUCGCGGAGGACACUGUCUUCCUCAUCCCUGAGGACCACAAGCCCGGCACCUUCCCCAAGGCGCUCUCCAACGGCAGCUUCGGCCCCACGGAGGGCGGCAGCUCCGUGAACUGGAGGACAGGCAGCUUCCGCGGGCACGGCCACCUCAGCCUGCACAGGGAGAACAGUGGAGACAGCUCCAAGGAGCUGGCCGUGGGCAGGAGGCGCAACUCCUCCAGCUCGGUCAGCAGCCGCCUCAGCAUUUAUGACAACGUGCCCGGCUCCAUCCUCUACUCCAGCACCAGUGACCUGGCCGACCUGGAGAACGAGGACAUCUUUCCAGAGCUGGACGACAUCCUGUACCAUGUCAAGGGCAUGCAGAGGAUAGUGAACCAGUGGUCAGAGAAGUUCUCCGACGAAGGCGACUCCGACUCAGUGCUCGACUCCAUCUCCCCCUGCCCUUCCUCUCCAAAGCAGAUCCAUCUGGAUGUAGACAACGAUCGGACGACCCCCAGUGACCUGGACAGCAUGGGGAAUUCUCUGAACGAGACGGAGGAGCCUGCAGGGAUGCAGGAUAGGAGGGACUCUGGGGUGGGCGCAUCCCUGACGCGGUCCAGCAGGCACAAGCUGAGGUGGCACAGCUUCCAGAGCUCUCACCGGCCCAGCCUCAGCUCGGCAUCUCUGCAGAUCAGCUGCCAGUCGGUGGCACAGAUGAACCUGCUGCAGAAGUACUCCCUGCUGAAGCUGACUGCCCUGCUGGAGAAGUACACACCUUCCAACAAGCAUGGCUUCAGCUGGGCAGUACCAAAAUUUAUGAAGAGGAUAAAGAUGCCAGACUACAAAGACAGGAACGUGUUUGGAGUACCACUGCAAGUGAACGUGCAGCGCAGCGGCCAGCCCCUGCCGCAGAGCAUCCAGCAGGCCAUGCGCUACCUCCGCAGCCACUGCCUGGACCAGGUUGGGCUGUUCAGGAAGUCUGGAGUCAAGUCCAGAAUCCAGGCUCUGCGACAGAUGAACGAGAGCUGCACUGACAGUGUCUGCUACGAGGGGCAGUCUGCCUACGACGUGGCUGACAUGCUGAAGCAGUUCUUCCGUGACCUCCCGGAGCCUCUCAUGACCAACAAACUCUCUGAGACCUUCUUACAGAUCUACCAAUAUGUGCCAAAGGAUCAGCGUCUCCAGGCUAUCAAGGCUGCCAUUAUGCUUCUACCCGACGAGAACAGGGAGGUCCUUCAGAUUCUCCUUUAUUUCCUGAGUGACGUCACAGCUGCAGUGAAGGAGAACCAGAUGACACCAACGAACCUGGCUGUCUGCUUAGCACCUUCCCUCUUCCACCUAAACACUCUCAAAAGGGAGAACUCUUCCCCAAGGGUGAUGCAAAGAAAGCCAAGCCUGGGAAAGCCUGACCAGAAAGACCUGAAUGAAAACCUGGCUGCAACCCAGGGGCUGGCUCACAUGAUCGCUGAGUGCAAGAAGCUCUUCCAGAUCCCCGAGGAAAUGAGCAGGGGUCGGAACUCGUACACGGAGCAGGACCUGCGGCCCCUCAGCCUGGAGGAGCUGCGGGAAGGCAGCAGCACUGCCGAGCCCUCCGACUACCACUGCUACCUGCAGGACUGCGUGGACGACCUGCUCAAGGAGAUGAAGGACAAGUUUAAAGGCUGGGUCAGCUGCUCCACCUCCGAGCAGGCGGAGCUGGCCUACAAGAAGGUCUGUGAGGGUCCCCCACUCCGGCUGUGGAAAUCCACCAUUGAGAUCCCAGCUCCGCCAGAGGAUGUUCUGAAUCGGCUGCUGAAAGAGCAGCACCUCUGGGAUGAGGAUCUGAUAGAUUCAAAAGUGAUUGAGCCUCUGGAUAGCCAGACAGAUAUAUACCAGUAUGUGCAGAACAGCAUGGCCCCUCAGCCAGCCAGGGACUUCGUUGUCUUAAGAACAUGGAGGACAAACUUCCCCAAAGGAGCUUGUGUGCUCCUAGCAACCUCAGUGGACCACGAGCGUGCGGCGGUGGCAGGCGUCAGAGCCAACGUGCUGCUGUUGCGGUAUCUGAUCGAGCCCUGCGGGUCAGGAAAAUCCAAGCUCACCUACAUGUGCAGAAUUGAUUUAAGGGGCCACACGCCAGAUUGGUACACCAAGUCUUUUGGACACUUAUGUGCCUCUGAAGUGGUUAAGAUACGAGACUCCUUCAGUCAUCAGAGUCCUGAGGGCAAGGAAGUAAAGUCCAGGUGA